UUUUUUGCAAAAACUUUGGACUCAAUAUUUCUAUUCGUGAUGUUUAUCCAUUUAUUGGUUAUUUGUUUUUUGUUUGAGUCGGUGUCAUUUGCACAAAAUGUUCGAUUUUUUAGUCCUGUGAAUAGAAAUAUACUUGUUCCAGUCGGAGGUGUCGUAAGUCUUCUUCCUAACAAUGGAUAUGGAAAUUGGAACAGUGCACCUGUAAUGUAUGAAAACAACCAGAAUUUGAUCUGUGCUUUCUGUCAGUCUCUCUUUGGGAAGUACUCUCCCACAUGUGCUAAUUACUGCAUCGUUGGAAAUCAAUUUUUACGAACUCUGCCUCCUCAGCAAAUAACACCUGUUAUAGGCCUUAGACAAGUAUUAGUACCUGUUCAAACGGUGAAAGUUUAUCCUUAUCGAUGGAAUCGUCUGUAUUGAAAUAUUUUCAUAUUUGCUUUAUGUUUAAUAUUUGUUGGAUUUAUGAUUAAAUA